AUGGUGACCAUCGGCCAUGAUCGUGGACUUGAGAGCAUUCCUUUGAGGUAUUUGGUGGAUCGGUGGACAAAAGGUGCUUGUUUGAAGCCAAUAUUUGAUAUUGAUGAUACAAUUGUUGAUCAAUCUUCUAAAGUGGAGAAUGUUAGGGUGCUUACUAAUAUACUGUGGUCUGACAUAUAUGCUUGUGUGGGAUUGGCCGAUGACGGUAGUGAGAAUGGCAGUGGUGUGGCUGUUGGCAGCAAGCAAAGUGUGAUUAAUUCAUUUUGUGGAGUUGUGUCUCAGGAGUCAACAGUGGAGGUGCGUGAUCCUAUCCAAGCUAAGAACAAGGGCAGUGGCAAGCGGUUGAAGAGUGCAAGGGAGAAAGCUGCCCAUAAGUGUGUAAAGCAAUCAAGAAAAUGUCAUACCUGUGAUGAAUAUGGUCACAGUAGUAGGACAUGCCCUUUAAAUGGUUAG